AUGUCGUAUCCCGGCCAGUACGGCUACGGCGCCCAGCCGCAUGGCCAAGGCUACGGCCAGCAGUACCCUCCGCCUCCCCAGGGUGGCUACGGCGGAUCGCCUUAUCCUCCCCAGCAGGGCCAGUAUCCUCCGCCGGCCGGCCCCCCCCCGGCCAGGAGGACACUACCCUCCUCCCGCCGGACCCCCCCGGGCCAGUACCCUCCCCAGGGCGGACAGUACGGCGCGCCUCCCCCGAUCCCUCCUUCGCCUUACGGACACUCGCCUGCACCCGGAGGCUACGGCGCACCGCCUCCCGGCCCACCGCCGAGCCAGCAGUAUGGCGCUCCGCCGCCGCAGCACUACGGACCUCCGACGCCCGCGUCCCUGGGCUAUGGCCCGCCUCAGAUUAUCCAGUGGGAUGGCUCCCCGGACGCGGCGGCGGCGCGGGCUGCGAUGAAGGGGUUCGGCACGGACGAGAAGGCACUGAUUCGCUGCUUGGCAACCAAGGACCCCCUGCAGAUCGAUGCGAUCAGAGCCGCCUACCAUCGCAACUUCAAGCGCGAUCUUGAGCAGGAUAUCAAAAAGGAGACGAGCAGCUGGUUCCAGAAGGGCUUGGUGUCCGUCGCACGCGGCCCUCUUAGAUCGGAUAUCUACAACCUGUACGAGGCGAUGGACGGCAUGGGCACCAAGGAGAGCGUUCUCAACGAUGUCCUGCUCGGACGGUCCAACGCCGACAUGCAGGCCAUCAAGAGCGCAUACCAGCAGACCUUCAAGAGACGCCUGGAGGACGACGUUAAGGGCGACCUCAGCAUGAAGACGGAGAGGCAUUUCCUCAUUGUCCUUGGCGCAAACAGGGCAGAGGAUUCCGCGCCGGUUGUGCCCCAGCAGGUCGACUCGGACGUGAUGGAGCUGUACAAGGCCACCGAGGGCAAGGUCGGCACGGACGAGAUGCUCGUCUGCAGCAUCCUCAGCACCCGCAACGACAACCAGAUUCGUGCCAUCAACCAGGCUUACGAGCAAAAGUUCCGCAGGAAACUCGAGGAUGUCAUCAAGAAAGAAUUUUCUGGUCACAUGGAAGACGCCCUCCUUUUCCAGCUCCGCAACGCCGUCGACAAGUACAUGCAUGCUGCUCAGCUCCUCGAAGACUCCAUGGCCGGCCUCGGCACAAAGGACCACCUCCUCGUCGCGCGCGUUGUACGGUUCCACUGGGACCGAAACUUCCUGGCCAACGUCAAGGGCGCAUACCAGACCAAGUACAACCGCAGUCUAGCGGGCAGAAUCAAGGGGGAAACGGGCGGCGACUACCAGAGGUUGAUGCUGGCGUGUAUUGGCGAGAACAUUUAA